AUGGUGGCCACGUCGUCGUCGUCGUCGUUGCCGCGGUGGGCGCCGACGCCGAGCCCGUCGCAGACGCUAUGGCGCUGGGGCGGCGGCGGCGUCGUCUUCGCGUGGGGCGGCCGGCGUCACCGAGGCACGGCGUCGUCAGACGGAGCGGCCGCCGCCGAAAGAGCCUGCGUCGUCGUCGUCCCCAGAUCGGGGUGCGAGCUGCAGGUGGUGGUGCCAUCAUCAACGGGGGAGGACGGCGGCGACCCCAGGGCGUUCCUAACGUGGGAGGACGUGCGCGUUUCGGCGGCCGGCGGCGGCGGCCCUCGCGGGGCGCCGGACAGGUUGCAAAAAAUUCAGAAAUUGCAGCAGAAGCAGUUGCAAUCACUGGCCAUGCUACCGUCCCGCACCAACUUUGCUUUGACACCAUUAUUGCCGAUGGAUCCUACACCAUUCAGUGACCACGCACUGAAAAUCUCAACUGAUAGCGUCCGUACUGACUGUGGUCAUGAGUUCUUCACUCUCAACGGCUUUCCAUGUCCACACCUGAGAAGCCCGUCAGAUCACUUCCUAAGAACAAUCAAUAAAGACUUUGAUGAGGAAACUGUGGAGAGUUCUACAGCUAACAGGAAAACAGCAGCUGAAGCAAUAGACAUCUUGGCGACUGCAUACAGAUCCUCCAAUUAUUUAGAGAAAACGACAGAACAAAUUGUUGAAAUGAAAAACAUGGAUGGAGCUUCAUUUAGGAGGAGGGAACAAGCAAGCUUCGCCACAAAGCUCCUUGUGCUCACAAGGAGAUCAUUCCUGAAUAUGCACAGGGACAUAGGAUAUUACUGGAUGCGUUUGGCCAUCUAUAUGGGCAUUGGCAUAUGCCUAGGCACUAUCUUCUACCAAGUUGGCUAUAGCUACAGUUCUAUCCAGAGCCGAUGUUCAGUAAUAAUGUAUACAGUUGCACUUUUAACUUUCAUGUCUAUUGGAGGAUUUCCAUCUUUUGUAGAAGACGUAAAGGUCUUCAGAAAGGAGAGGCUGAGUGGCCACUACGGCGUGUCAGAAUUUGUGAUCUCAAACACCCUCUUAGCUACUCCAUACCUGUCUGUCAUUGCUGUAUUACCCGGCGCAAUGCUAUACUAUCUCACCGGACUAACUAAAGGCGUGGAUCACUUCACCUAUUUCGUCAUGGUUGUUUGCAUAUGUUGCCUUCUAGUUGAGAGCAUGAUGAUGGUUAUUGCUGCGAUUGUUCCGGACUUCCUUAUGGGAAUCAUCAUUGGAGCUGGAGUGCAGGGGGUGAUGAUGCAAAAUGGGGGCUUCUUUCGCCUUCCUAAUGAGCUCCCAAAGGCCAUAUGGAAGUACCCCUGCUACUACAUGUCCUUCCACAAGUAUGCAGUGCAAGGACUCUACAAGAACGAGUUCAUGGGUUUGUCUUUCCCAAGUGAUCAGCUGAUUGAGUCUAAUGUCACCAUCAGUGGCAUUCAAGUCCUCAAGGUUAAAUUGCAGGUGGAGUUGGGGUACUCGAAAUGGGUAGACCUUGCGAUCGUUUGUGGAAUGAUGGUGACAUACAGGAUGAUAUUCUUUACUAUCGUCAAGAUUGCUGAGGAAAUUCGACAAAAAAUGGGAGGCAAACGAGGAUGUGUUAGAUAG